CUGUGAGGGUGUGUGUUCUGUACAGAUGGCAUGUGGAUGUUAAUGCAUGAGAAAAACACAUGCUACAGCAAAUGUAUUAGCCUGCACAGAUGUGAAAUGAACAGUUUUAGCACAGUAUAUUGGAUUGUUGUCAUGUGCAGUCUCGUGUCCUCCAGCAACUUUCGCUUUCGUUAGCUUCGGCUGAAAAGCAGGGCAUCAGGUUGAACCGCGCAGUUCAGAAGUCGACAGCUCACUCUUGACGAAGCUCUCGCUUUCCGUUUUCUUUCAGCUGGUGUUUGGAGAUUUUCCCACAGUCAUGUCAGAGGGACAGUCGGAUGAUGGAAUGGAUUGUGAGGAAUAUGGAAAUCCACAGCCCAUCAAUAUCUCAAACAGUGUUGAUCAAGAUAUGGAGGAUGUAAGUCAGGGUUCUAAUGCUCAGGGUACCGGUGAACGUGUAAUCACUCAACAACCUCUCAGAAACAUUGGACAUGAUAAUAAGGGCUUCAGUGCAGCAGGUGCUGAAAGUCAAGACUCUAGACAUCCUCCGGAUCACAAGAAGCAUCAAACCAUCACAUCGGGUCAAACAAACCAAUCACAGCCAGAGCCAGAGAAGAUCUCACCUGCUCAGAUAAAACAAUCUAAUGAUCAGGGCUUCAGUGCAGCAGGUGCUGAAAGUCAAGACUCUAGACUUCCUCCGGAUCACAAGAAGCAUCAAACCAUCACAUCGGGUCAAACAAACCAAUCACAGCCAGAGCCAGAGAAGAAUUUACCAUCAAGCCGUGUUGAAGGUCAAGACUCUAGAUCAUCUCUGGAUGAACAGAAGCAUCAGGAUAUCACAACAAACAAAUCAGACUCACAGCCAGAGGAGGCCAUUUGUAAAAAUGGUGAUAUAAACACAACCCAAUCACAACCCUCAGCACCACUGGAUAUUGCCAACUUGAAAAUCAAAGUGCACUGGAAAGAACCAUUUCCAGAUAAAUGGAGUAAAAACUUAGAGAUGGCCAUUCAGAGAUGGUUGUCCAAACUGGAAGGAGCACCAUCUGUCCACAGCAUUCAACUCAUGGAUGAUCAAUCAUGGGCACAGGUGCAGAUUACACCAUCAACGGCUCUAGAAACUUUAGAAAAUCAUGGGACUGUAUAUUUGCAUUUUAAACAUGAAAAUAAGGAUGCGACUGCGCAGAUUUUUCUGGAUGAAGAACAUUCUGUGACUGUAUCACAAAACACCUCCACGUCGGACACGAACAGAAAUCCAUCAUCAAAGGUGAACGAGACUAAACCUGUGACUUCUGCUGCAUCAGAUGACAAAAAUAAUGAUGCAGAUGUUCCAAGUAAGACUAAGACCAUUAAAACGGAUGAAAAAUACCCAGAGACCUCAGCUGGAUUUACUGUCCCCCUCCAUCAGUUCUGGUACAUGCUUCAUGCUUACAAAAAGGAGGUAGAGAAAAUUGAGAAACAACAUGGAGUCAAUAUGCAUGCAGAAGUGUCAGUCUCAUUCAUAUCCACCCAGAACUCAAGCCCUGAUUCUGUCUCCAAAGCCUCGGAGGACUUUCAGAAUCUUGUCACUGAUUGUGUGGUUAAUUUUAGUGAUGUUACCAUUAAUCAUAAUGACAUGAAUUCAGAUAUUGUGAAGGAGGCAAUUCGUAACAUCCAGUUAGAGGAGACAAAGUUGAUGUUGACCAUGUCUGCCAGCAACUGCCGGUUCUUUGGACCAAAUAAAUUUACAGACAUGAUUAAAAGAGAGACAACAAGAGUGGAACAACAAUUCAAAGACCUG